UAGCAUUCAGGAUGAAUUACAGUUUCGAAGGAGAUUACAGGAGUAGACCUGAACAAAAUUUGUCAGGGGCUAGCAGGAAACUUACUAGGGAUAGUUUGUUGCAAAAAACGCAUGAGGAAAGACGCAAAAGACAAGAACAAAGGGUUAAGUUGCAAAGCACUGAGUAUCUCCAGUCGCAAUUUCGAAGUUAUUUGAUAAGAAAACACGCUAAAGAGGAAAAUAGGGUAAAAUUCGAUGGUAUAGCAAUAAAAGAUAAUAUUCAUCUACAAUUGUCAAGGUUUUUAUUCUUUUAUAAUGCCCCUUUGGAUAAAAAUAGACUGAUUACUGUGACUGACUAUUUGCUGGCAAAUAAAAGAGACAUUUUGAUAAAAAGCCGACAAGAAGAACCUUUUAAUUGGUUGAUAAGGAGAUUUCUUGUUUUGUGUUUAAAUACUUUCAACACUUUGGACUUGGUCGAUAAAAUGUUGGAAAUUGUGAGUACGUUUUCUGAUUCACCAAAUUCUUUGGAGUAUCUUAUCAAAAAAGGUUAUUACACUGAACUGAGAAUAUUAAUGGAUAAGCCAUCAUAUAAUGUAGACAAUAUUCUGCUUGGCUUAAUAUACAAUCCAUUCAUUUACAUCAAUAAAAUGGAUCAAUUAAAGCAAGAAUUUAUACUGAGCAGAUUUACAGCUUCCUUCUUAAUACCUCAGUUAACAAGCAAUGUGAAGUUAUUGCUGAUUCCCUACUUGAAAACAAGAAAACAAUUCCCAUACGAUAAAAUCAUCAGGCACUUGAACAAUCAGUGCUAUAUGGAGACCAGUAAUAGCAUGUUUUACUGUAUUUUGGCUUUGGAACCUGAGGAAUACGAACCAAAUUUGGACAGCAUUCAAGUUUUAUCGACGAUAAGUCAAAAUUUAAAAAACUUGAAACCAAACUUCCAUUUACUUGACGAUAGUGACGACGAUGAGGACAUUCAGAUGUCCGAGGAACAACUGAUUUUAUCGGACUAUUUGGCUAUCAUUAACAAACAGGACAGGGUCAGGAAAAUUCUUUACUAUUUCGAAACCAACAGUGAUAAUGAGGAUCUUCUGAAAGCCCUCAUAAAGUUAUUCCACCACUUGUUGCUGGUUUACAAUGAGGCAAUCAGAAAGUAUUUUAUUUUAUUGCUGUUCGGCUUGAACAGCGUGUUUUUGAACCGCCUGUGGAAACUUUUGAACAAAAACGCCUGGAUUGAGGAACUCAGGGGUUCAACUUUGACCUCCAACAGAGGUAUCUAUGUAACAUUCUCGGUAUUUUGCGAUAUGUUUACCUUUUACACCGAAACCCUCACAGAUAGCGAAAAUUCCGACACAAGUGAGACCUUUGCCAAGGCAGAUUUACAUUCCAUGUCGAAAAUGCUGAAAAGCGUGGCUUUCGACUUGAUUGAAAUUGCGUUUCCUAUGUGCAGAGCCAGUGCUGUCCUGGCGACCCCGGAAAUUUUGCACGUCUACAACUCUUGCCUGAACUGCUUGAAAAUGUUGUACACGCUGGACAUGCGCAAAGAGUUUUGCCCGCCGGGUUUCUGGACGCAACGUAAAGUCCACAUAUCUCAGGACUUGUCGCGGAAAAACUACCUGUCGAAGUCCAUAGAACCUUUUCGCGGUAUUAUCACGGACAUGGACGAUGACGACCACUUGCCCCCUCUGUCGACCAUCGAGCAAAGGUCCCUGGCGAUUUUGCAGCAGUUGCCUUUUUUGAUCGCUUUCAACACGCGCGUGCUUUUGCUGAGGGAACUGUGCAAGUUUUCGUUGGGGGAGACCGAUUUUCAGAGGAUGCAGCAGGAAUUCGUGCACGAUAACACCGUGGUCAUUCGCAGGACGCACCUUUACGAGGAUGCCUUCGAAAAAAUAUCGACUAAAAGCGUGAAUGACCUCAAGCAGAAGGUGAGGAUCCAGUACAUAAAUUCUUUGGGGCUGGAGGAGGCGGGGAUAGACGGUGGCGGCAUCUUCAAGGAGUUCAUAAACGAGGUGCUAAAGACCGCCUUCGAUCCUAACCGCGGUUUUUUCCUGAUGACGGCCGAUAAUCAGCUGUAUCCCAACCCGAACGUUCAUUUGAUCUACGAAAACAACGUCGAGCACUAUUAUUUUAUCGGGAGGUUGGUUGGGAAGGCAAUUUUCGAGAACAUUUUGGUGGACCUGCCUUUGGCGGAAUUUUUCCUCUCGAAACUGCUGGUGUUCAGGGCGAGCGCCCAUUACUUAAAAUCCCUCGAUCCGAUCCUGUACAGAAACCUGCUGUACUUGAGGGACUACCAAGGGGACGUCAGCGAUCUGGGGCUUGACUUCACCACCGUCAACAACGACUUAGGAGAGACAAGAAUUAUGGAACUGAAGCCAAACGGCCGCGAGAUCCAGGUGACAAAUGAAAAUCGCCUGGAGUACAUCCAGCGCCUGGCCGAUUUGAAGCUCAACGUGCAACUCGAUAAGCAGUGUCGUGCCUUUAGGCAGGGCUUAGACAGCGUGGUGCCCCUCUUGUGGUUGCGCCUUUUCAACCACAACGAGUUGCAGGUAAUCAUAGGCGGCGACACCACCGAGAUCGACCUGAGCGACCUCAAGAACCACACCGUCUAUGGAGGGGAAUUUACCGCCGAUCAUCCUACAAUAUUACUGUUCUGGAAGAUUUUGCUGAAAUUUAACGACGAACAGAGGAAAAAGUUGCUGAAAUUUGUGACCAGUUGUUCCAGACCGCCUCUACUGGGUUUCAAGGAACUGAGUCCGCAAUUUUGCAUCCAAUCAACUGGAGGGGAAGAUCGUAUGCCUACAGCGAGUACCUGUUUAAAUCUACUUAAAAUUCCCGUUAUAAAAGAAGAGGAGAUACUCGCUAACAAACUGUUGGCAGCUAUAGAGCAACAAGCGGGUUUCGAGCUCUCUUAA